UAAGAUACAGUAUUUACCCCAAAAAGUUUACGAUGAGGACGUUGACUAAAACUGGAAUGGCUACUUCAAUAAAGUGUGGAAAGUAGUAUAUAAUACAACAUGAAUAUAUUUUUUCUCGUAUCCCAAAAUAAAAAACUAUAAAGCUCAAAGGUUGAAAGAGUGAGAGAGAGGGAAACUGAACAAGGUUUCUUGAUACUCAAGAAGGAGCGAGAGAGAGAGAGAAUCCUUUUUGUUCCUCCUUCUUGCAUGCGACUGUGAAACAAAGAAAGCUCGCAAGAGAUGGCGGCGAAAGAGGAAGACGGCAACGAUGGUUUUCUGGGGGAACUGAGAGAUCUCGCUGAGCUCAUGCAGCAAAUUAUAUCUCAAGAUGAAGUUGAUGAGAGCGAGAAGAAAGGUGUUGGUCAAGGUGGUGAGAACAAGCUUAACUCAGAUGAGACGAGUAAUGAGCAAGGAACCAGUAAUCAUCAAUUGGCUGGUUUAUCUGCUACUUAUAAUGUCCUUGUUGCAUAUACAAAGAGUGAUCUAGCAAAUCUAGAACCGAGGAAUGUGUCUGUAAGUUCGGGUGAAGCAGUGUCUUCCUUGUCCGUGCCAUCUUCUGAUUUGGCAUCCAAGUACAAGUUGCCUGAUGAUGAAGAAGUUACUAAUCCAAUCGAUUACUCAUCUAGUGACUACGAUGUUGUAAGAUAUCAACUCUCUCUACUCUCUCUAGAGAAUGAUGACUCAAAAGAGUAUGCGUCUCUCAAACAGUGCAUGACCAAAAUAGAUUCCUCCACCUCCUUAGACCAUCCUAAAGCAGAACAGGCUCAUGAGCAUGCUUCUGAUUUCACAUUUGACAUUAGGAAACCUGUGAUUAAUCCUGCGCAAGCUCCUCCUAAACCAAGUCUUCAGAGGCAGAACGCUAUGCAUCGACAAAGACACACAAGUGAACUGGAUCCUGGAUACUCAGCUUCUUCUUUGAAUCAGCCAAUGCCUACAAGACAAAGCAUUACUACUACUGCAUCUUCACAUGGUCGUAGGCCAUCUGUUUCCAUGACCAAGGCAUUGAUAACAUCUACUGAGUUUGUACCACAGACACAGAGGAACCCACAUUACUCUCAGCGUCAGGUUCCUUCAGGGCAGUAUGGUAAUAUCACGAACUCUCCUUACUCGCCACCAAAUCAGAACGAGAGCUACAACAUGCCACCAUCAGCAACAGCGUUUCAGCAACAAGGUGGUAGUAACAUGGCGCAUAAUGGUAAUGUGAUUACCUUUCCUUACGGGCUACCAGAACAGAAUGACAGCUACAACAUGCCUCAGUACUCAGCUGUCUCUAUUGCUCCCUAUGCUUACGGUUCUGUUAACCUCUUUGGCACGUCGAGUGAUAACGUUGCAGCAGACUCGAGGUUUGGCUAUGAAGGUGGUCUCUCAAGGAACCACUUCUCAUCGCUUCAGCAGCAUCAGAGUGGAGAUUCAUUUGUGUGGCCACUGAGUCCCAGACGUAGCCGCCAACAACGACAACAGCAGCUUCGGAGUGAUUUCUUUGCAACUCUGAACCAACAAAACGAUAGGAGUGAUCCAUCUGACCAAACCCAACAACGGUUAUUUCCAAGAGACAACUAGAGUAAUCAAAAAUCAGCCAUAUAUCAAUGACUUUCUUUUAAUGGCUUUAAGCUGCUUGUUUGUGAAUAAUAAAGGCCUUAGCCUAUGUUUUUUUUAUGUACUACAAAUAUUAGUGGAUAGAUUACUCUUUCAGAUCCAUGGAAACUAUUAAGAACAAAGUUUUACAUUAGAAUUUGUCCACAAUAUGGGGAGAAUUUUAAUUUUACCACAAAUUUAAUACAAGUUUUCAACUUUACUUUUAAAGACUAACUAUGAUAAAUGUUUAAGAAAUAUUAAUUAAAGUUUAUAAACCAAGUCCACCUAAU